CGAGCGGUAAACACGCGCAGCCUCCGAUGACCGCGUGACUCACCGUCAUCACUCAGCACGACGCGCGAUCUACGUACGCGGUAAAUACCUGUGACCGGCGCGGGACUUACGCUCGACUUUGUUUGCAAAAAAUAUAACACUCGAUUACAACCGGCGCUGACGCAACGCGUGGGGAAAUAUCUCCAAUUAAAUCCGCUCAGCUGAUAUUGACAGUGCGUCUUCGCACGAGAUAUUACGCGCGCUUCUCGGAACUUUUAAACCGUCAGCCGGCAACUCAGAUGAUAGAAGAUAUUUUGGUCUAUUCCGCUCGAGCCUUACCCAGUGACUCAUAUAAAAUGACGAAAGUUAAGUUGAAGUCGUCAAGGCCCGACCCGAUUCCUACUAGUAUACGUAAAUAUUGAGUUAAGGAAAAAGUUAUGUAAACGUUCGUGAUUGUUUACAUCAUUGAAUCAUAGUAUCGUGUGAUACUUAGUGAGUGAACUUGUGUUAAAUAAUUAACUGUCAAAAACUGUGUAGUAACCUAUAGUUAAAAAGUUAAUACAAUUGCUAACUUCACUCGAAGAUCUCUUUAUAGUACAACAACCAAAAAUAUUCCCGUAUCUAAAUGUAAAUACAAAAAAAAAAGCAAUCAAUCAAUCAAAAAGGAACAGCACUUCAACGAACAAUAACACGGAAAAUAAUCUUGGAUUGGUGCCAAAAGUCGCAUUAAGAAGGUAGUUCAAGUGUUCCUAACAAUAACUUACUCAUCGGUGUAAAGGUCAUACGCAAAGAGCUGUGGCGAAAGUUUCAACACCUUGCAUACCAUAACAUAUUCUUGCCAAUUAAUUAUACGACGUAAACUGUUGUAUCUUGAUUUAAAAUAUUAUUAGAAUCAAAAACCGCCUGCCUUAUUUCCCAAACGUGCAUGGAUAGUAAACUUAAGAUACUUAAAUAGACUGAGGAAGAACUGAAAGAAAAAUCGCCAAAGAACGCACAAAACAAAAUAUUAUACUCGAAGAUACAGCCUUCUAGAGAUUAGCAAAUUAGUACAAGAGUGCGCGGUAGAAGUGUGUGAUGCUGUAUUGAAGGAUGCACUUGCCCUAUGAGUCGAGGGGCCGUCGGCGCCGAGAGAUGGCGGAACUCGAGCCUUGGUGGGUGCAUUCCAUUAUCGAGGAGACGAAGAGUGAGCACCCGGAUCUCGUGCGCACCGGCAGCCCUGACUACAUGUGCUCGGCGCUACCACACCACUGGCGCUCGAACAAGACCUUGCCCGGGGGCUUCAAGGUGGUAGCCCUGGGCGAGGUGAUGGACGGCACGCAGGUCACCGUGCGCGCCGGAAACGACGAGAACUGCUCCGCGGAACUGAGGAACAACACCGCGGUCAUGAAGAACAGGGUCGCUAAGUUUAACGACUUGAGGUUCGUCGGGAGAAGCGGUAGAGGGAAAAGUUUUUCGUUGACAAUCACGAUAUCGACGUCGCCGCCUCAAGUAGCGACGUACCAGAAGGCAAUCAAGGUGACCGUUGAUGGACCAAGGGAACCACGCUCUAAAACUAGUACAAAUGUCUCACCGCACCAAAUCAGAGCGAUAGGGUUCCAGCGGUCGUUCAUCCCGAACCCUUCAAUGGCGCUGCGGGAGAUGGAGUACAAGUCCUCGUCCAGGAGUCUGCGCUCCCUGUCCCACGAAGAGCGGGAGUACAAGACCAACGCCAAUUUACCCACUGAAGAAAACACCGGCAACAUACUGGGCGCCAGUGAGUGGAACACGGGGUACCCGUCCACGGCCACCGUGUACCCGAGCUAUGGCCCCUUGCAACCUCCCUACUACAAGCCAGACCCCACAAUACACAUACCUGCAGUCCUCCCGGAAAUACAGCUGGGGCACACCGACUACAGUAGCUUCCAAUCAAGUUCAACUGGCUUCAAGGGGAGUCCGAGCGCCGCCACCGGCACGCUCACAGACCUCAACCCCGCGGCCAUGCCGGCACAGAGAUACGACCCCAACUACUACAACACCUGGCCCACCAACUCAUACAACUAUCAAUAUAAUAACAUCAACAACAACCCCGCCUGCCUACAGUCCCACACGCCUUACAUUAACCCUAACACCCAAAUGAUCGUACCAAAUCUAUAUUCCACAGUCAACCAAAACGAAAUCCACGUCCAUCUCCAUAGUUCCGACAAAUAUAAUAUCUCUGAACAGUACUUGCCGCGUGAGAUAAAAAUAAGCGAUAUAGAUGGCGCGAUUUCCAUAACCACAGAUUUGCCAGGUGUGAACGAAGCGAGCGGUCUAGUGCAAACUUGUGAAACUGUUGAUGAUGUUAAACAUGGACUCUACGGUGCGGGUAACCAAGAAGUUUGGAGACCCUAUUGACAAAUCGUACAACCUCAUUAUGAUAAUCAACAUUCCAUUGUACAUAUUGUGAUAUAGUUAUUGUUUUUUAAUAAAAUUGUAGAUUUAUUGUAUAGUAGGUAUCAAUUAAUGUUAAACAUUAAUUAGAUGAUAAGUGUUAAUAAAUGUAUUCGAUUAAUAAGAUAAAUUAACAUUACAUGUUA